AUGAAGAGAAUCCAGUCUAGUAUAAGUGUUCAUCGUACAACGAUUGGGUUAUUAUUGUUGCUGGUGGUGUUAGCAAACGAAGCAAAAGUAACCAGAGCAUCAAAUUCAGCUUCAGCUUUUGUUCAAAACGUUAUUUACUCCAACAAGAUUGUCAUCUUCUCCAAAUCUUACUGCCCGUAUUGUAUGCGUGCCAAGCGUGUGUUCAGUGAACUGAAUGAGAAACCUUUUGCCGUGGAACUUGAUCUUCGAGAUGAUGGAGGGGAAAUUCAGGAUUAUCUGCUUGAUUUAGUUGGCAGGCACACUGUCCCGCAAAUAUUUGUGAAUGGCAAGCAUAUUGGUGGCUCGGAUGAUCUCCAAGCUUCCGUCAAGAGUGGUCAAUUGCAGAAACUUCUAGGCACGGAGUAG